AUGACAACAGAACUGAACGGUGAGUGCGACAAGGAUGGACGCUUGUCGCACAAAGAGCGCGAGUCUGUUAGAAGGAGACGGGGUGUUAAUCAUGCGAGGUGGCCCACAAAUGGCCUAGACGUUGAUUGCGCGAAAACGGAGAAGCACGAGCCGGUAAUCGCCAAAUUCAGUCAACGAUUAUUGAAGACGCUGCCUGCGGUCGAGUUUCGUUUGUGUUUGGCGAAGAUACCGAAGAAUGAGUACAACAACAAGAAUCAGUCUACAGGGAAUAGUCCAAUAAAGGUCGAGCUGCAGAAUAACAUGGACAGGGUACCCUUACCUUACGGCCACGCGCCCUCGAUGAUCCCUAUGAGGAGACAAAGCAUCCGUUGCCAUUUUGUCAAAGGGGUUGAUUGGUGCAGUUGGAAAUUAAUUGCAAUGAUAUUACUUAUGGUCUUAUUGUGCAUAACGGCGGCUGCAGUUUAUGUCGUAGUAUCCAGCACAGUGAACCGGUCUUAUCAAGGUGCACAAACGUGUACAGUGAUGGUCGGCGAGAACGCAGACACUAAAAUGUUCUCUGCUGAAACCAAUAAAACGUCCUCGGCAGCAAUUGCGUCCUCGUCACAAUCCAAUGGCAGAACACGGCAACAGGCGUCCUCAGGAGGUAGUAUUAACCCGUCGGCUAGCAUGUUAGAGCACGUGUACACCCGUAAACGUAGGGAUAUCUUUAACAAGCAUGCGUUGCACCAAACUGUCGCAUUCUCUAAACACUCUGAAGAGCUGCCAUUGACCCAAGCACCGGAAGAGAUCUCGUGGUCCGAGCGGCAAACGAUCUCUUUAAACAACGGUCGUUUUGGUAAGGUUGUGCAUGAAAUAGAGCAUGCGGAUGAUCCUCUGGUGGAAGAAACCACCAACAACGCCGACAACCUAUUCGGAGACGUAUUCGAACCAUCCGAAUCGACAGGACCUCUGGGGACAAUGCUUGCCCUGAAUGUCUCUGAUUCUUUGAUUACUAAUGAUUCCCACAAUUCGACUCAUACAACUGUCUCUGUCGACCAAGCCUCUGUCUCUGCUGCAUCUAACCCUCCGACCGAUCGUUCGUCCGCUUCAUCGUCCUCCACUUCCUCCCCCGUUUCACUUAACCCAUCGGUAAACAGACCUUUCGAGACUCGGGCUGAGUAUGAGAGCAGCAGUAGCUCGGAAUUGACCUGGAUCACGUCGAGUGAAGAAUACACGGACACUUCCAUCGUUGCCACGACUAAUUCAGUUACCACAAAGAAUCGCGGGUACGAUAUUAAGGAAGUGUCGAUCGAUGAGUUUACCCGAUCUGGUGGUUCAAUGAACGAUGGUAACGUCGAACGCACUGGAAGUUCAGAUGUCUCUAGAGGUUAUGUUAACCAAGCGUCGUCGCCCGAUGCAGAGUUGCUGAAGUUUGCGGAAGAUAUCAGUACUAAGGACGACGUGUCAAUAACUCUGAAAUCUUCGACCAACGAUGACUACGGUAGUGCUAGUAGUAGCGUAGGGUUCGUAGAGGAGAAUACAGACUCAAUUAAGCAGAUUGAGAGUGUAGAUACUACGACCGUUAACAAGUUUGAUCAUCGUGGAGCUUUCACUAGACCCUCAAGUGUAAGUAAUUUCGAUGAAAACACUGUACCGCUGGAAAUGAAACUGAAUUAUUCGUCAGAAUCUUCGGGGGAGGUAAAGACAGACGAUAUAAGUAGCAAAGAGGGAGAAACUAGUUUGAAAAGUGAAUACAUUGCGGACGAAGCACAAAAUCCUGGAAACGCUUCCAAUUUUUCGGACGUCGUGAAGGAAACUCGAGAACUUUCCCGGGAAGACUCCUCCGAGUCAGAUAUACACAGUCACGCGAAGAGCUCCGAAAAAUCCGAGAAACUCCAGCGAGACUAUCCUUCACCGAUUUAUAAUUACGGCCAAGAAGAAGUCAAAAUCGUAAACCUUAAUCAGAAGAGCGAUGAUAUCACGGUGAAAGCCAGACAACACGGCUUCGAAGUACUUAAUGUCCCUUCUGCCGUUCAUCAAGUCAGUGAUCUGCGUGUGAUCACUAAGGAAGAGAACGACGAAGAGUUCCUACGAGAGUUCGAGAACAAGUUCCGGGAGAAAUCCACCGAAACAAAUCACAUCGAGGACACCCUCGCCAAGGAUGAUAAUGUUCCCGAAAAGUUAGAAGUUUCCUCUAAAUCAGAAUCUCCACCUGUUGUUCAACACGUGAAUAUCGUUGACGUACCUAUCGACAAACACUCCGAUUCGGUAUCCACAUCCGCACUAUCAUCAUCUCGCGUGUUUGUGAACAUAACAAUCGCUUCUGGAGACUCUGCAGCCUGGAAACCGCUUUACGUUCUGUCAGUUUCGGUGCCAACGAACGCUGAAUCUUCACGGGUGAACGCGGAGAAAAUUCCACUACACGCGAACGAAAACACUCGGGACGUAAGCAUGGCAAAUGUCGUAAAGUCUGCGGUGAUGGAGAACGAUAACCGACUUCCUCCACCACCUCAACCGCCUUCGUCCCCUCCACUGCCCAUCUGGGCCGGAGGUGAAUGCGAAUGCUCCUGCCCCUGCAUGGGUUCAUCAUCCGAUGAGUGGGACAACUUUUCAGUCAUCGAGGAGAAUUUGAACUUCUACCAAGAUCCCGAUAACUUGAGCCUCUUGACGAACGAAACAUCUGAUCGGAGAACAACGAGUAGGAUUGAUGGAAAAGGAAAAAAACGGGAUAAGAAAAACGAGUUUUCGACGAGUACGAAGGAUUCGGUAGGAACGAACGUCGAGAAUAAUUUCGUAACGACAAAGGAAAAUGACGACACCACGGAAUGGACCACCACGAAUUACCAAACUGAACGUAACGAGCCAGCGUGUUCAGGGGCAAUUCCGUUACCCCCUGAACCCACUAUACUAAUCUUGGAAGGUGCAAGAACUUUUCCCGCCAGGUCUUUCCCCCCUGACGGAACGACUUUUGCCCAGGUUGGCUUGGGACAAAAGCUCAGCAAGGAAAUUCCACCAUAUAGUUAUUGGAACAUGCAGUUCUACCAGUCGGAAGCUGCAUACGUGAGGUUCGACUACAACAUCCCACGGGGUGCCAGUAUUGGUGUUUACGCUCGAAGGAAUGCUCUUCCCACACACACGCAGUACGAUCUCCUGGAGGUGUUGAGUGGAUUUAAGGCUAGGACUACUCGGGCGUCCCAUGUUAGUGUUAUUCCUUCAAUCAAGAAAGAAGUCAUUCAUUAUAUGGAACCUGGCCAUUGGUUUCUCUCGCUGUAUAACGACGAUGGAGAUCCUCAGGAAGUAUCAUUCAUAGCUGUAAUUGCUGAAGACAUGACACACAAUUGUCCAAAUGGUUGCCGCGGGAAGGGUGAAUGUCUUCUGGGUCACUGCCAGUGCAAUCCUGGUUUCGGGGGUGAGGAUUGCAGCGAGAGCGUUUGCCCAGUUCUCUGCAGUCAGCGUGGAGAAUACAUAAACGGAGAGUGCCAAUGUAACCCUGGUUGGAAAGGAAAAGAAUGUUCGUUGCGACAUGACGAGUGUGAAGUACCUGAUUGUAACGGGCACGGUCACUGUACCAAUGGAAAGUGCAAUUGCGUGCGUGGAUACAAAGGAAAAUAUUGCGAGGAAGUGGACUGUCCGCAUCCUACCUGCUCAGGACACGGUUUCUGCGCGGAGGGUACGUGUAUCUGUAAAAAAGGGUGGAAAGGAGCUGAUUGCAGUCAAAUGGACAAAGAAGCAUUACAGUGUCUUCCGGACUGCAGCGGACAUGGCAACUUCGACCUCGAGACUCAGACAUGUCUAUGCGAACCGAUGUGGUCUGGUGAUGAUUGUUCGAAAGAAUUAUGUGAUCUGGACUGUGGUCCACAUGGUCACUGCGUGGAUAACGCUUGUGACUGCCUCCCAGGAUGGUCCGGUGAAUUGUGUAACCUGAAGCAGUGUGAUCCACGAUGCAACGAGCAUGGCCAAUGCAAAAACGGAACCUGCUUAUGCGUAACCGGUUGGAAUGGUAAACACUGUACCAUGGAAGGUUGCCCGAAUUCUUGUUCCGGUCACGGCCAAUGCAGAGUCCGCAGCGAUGGUCAGUGGGAGUGCCGAUGCUACGACGGCUGGGAUGGCAAGGAUUGUAAUGUGCUUCUUGAGCAGAAUUGCAACGAUGGAAGAGAUAAUGACAAAGACGGUCUCAUCGAUUGCGCGGAUCCGGAAUGUUGCUUGAAUCAUAUAUGUCGUAGUAGUCAGCUUUGCGUGUCGGCUCCAAAGCCAAUUGAUAUACUUCUGCGAAAGCAGCCACCAGCCAUCACCGCUUCUUUCUUCGAGAGAAUGAAAUUUUUAAUCGACGAGGGCAGCCUACAGAACUACGCCCGUCAAGAAACCUUCAACGAAAGUAUGUUCUGGAAUCACUUCAACACAAGCCGAUCCGCCGUUGUUCGUGGCCGCGUUGUCACGCAUCUUGGUACUGGUUUAAUGGGAGUACGAGUUAGCACCAGUACACCAUUGGAAGGGUUUACAUUGACGAGAGACGAUGGCUGGUUCGAUCUGCUAGUAAAUGGUGGUGGUGCUGUUACCUUGCAGUUUGGCAGGUCACCCUUCAAACCACAGAAUCACAUUGUCUUUGUACCAUGGAAUGAGGUGGUAAUUAUCGACAAAAUCGUGAUGAGUACCUCCGAAGAGAAACAACCAAUGCCCGUCCCACACGCCUGCGCUGCUCAUGAUUAUGAUCUGAUGAAACCGGUAGUCCUAGCGACAUGGAAACACGGCUUCCAGGGUGCGUGUCCCGACAAGAGUGCCAUUUUGGCAGAGUCCCAAGUGAUUCAAGAAAGUCUACAAAUUCCUGGCACGGGAUUAAAUCUCGUUUACCACAGCUCCAGAGCUGCCGGUUAUCUGUCCACGAUACAGCUGCAAUUGACUCCCGAAGUAAUACCUCCCACCCUCAAUUUAAUUCAUUUGAGGAUCACCAUCGAGGGUAUUUUGUUCGAGAAAACUUUUGAAGCAGAUCCCGUGAUAAAGUUCACCUAUGCAUGGAACAGAUUGAACGUUUAUAGACAACGAGUUUAUGGUGUCACUACGGCUAUGGUGAAGGUAGGCUACGAGUACAGCGACUGCAAGGACGUCAUCUGGGACGUACAAACGACCAAACUCAGUGGUCACGACAUGUCUAUUUCUGAAGUUGGUGGUUGGAAUCUUGACAUUCACCACAGGUACAACUUCCACGAGGGUAUCUUGCAAAAGGGGGAUGGUUCCAAUAUCUACUUGAAGCAGAAACCUAGAGUCAUUCUUACCACCAUGGGAGAUGGACAUCAAAGACCACUGGAUUGUUACGACUGCGAUGGACAAGCUUCCAAACAACGACUUCUUGCUCCUGUGGCUCUUGCUACCGCUCCUGAUGGAUCCAUUUUUGUCGGUGAUUUUAAUCUUGUAAGGAAGGUCCUAGUCGAUGGUACUAUUAAGACCAUUGUUAGGCUCAAUGCAACUAGAGUGUCCUAUCGCUAUCACAUCGCCUUAAGUCCACUAGAUAGUUCUCUCUACAUUUCCGACCCGGAAUCUCACCAGAUAAUUCGAGUCCGCGACACUAACGACUAUACCGACCCCGAUCACAACUGGGAAGCAGUAGUUGGUUCCGGGGAAAGAUGUCUCCCGGGUGACGAGGCCCACUGUGGUGACGGUGCAUUAGCCAGAGACGCUAAACUUGCAUAUCCCAAAGGUGUCGCAGUUUCAGCCGAUAACAUUCUUUACUUUGCCGACGGCACUAACAUCAGAAUGGUCGACCGAGAUGGUAUCAUCACCACCGUGAUCGGCAAUCACAUGCACAAAUCACAUUGGAAACCAAUUCCCUGCGAAGGCACACUGAACGUAGAAGAAGUUCACCUGCGUUGGCCUACGGAAUUGGCAAUCAAUCCUUUGGACAACUCGUUACAUAUGAUCGAUGAUCAUAUGGUCCUUCAAUUAGCCCCAGAUGGUCGCGUGAAAGUCGUCGAUGGUCGUCCACUUCACUGUGCUUCUUCAUCUUCCUCGUUCGAUACUGAACUUGCGACACACGCUACCCUGGUUAUGCCUCAGAGUAUCGCGUUUGGACCGUCAGGGAAUUUGUACAUAGCAGAGAGUGACUCACAGAGAAUCAAUCGGGUGAGAGUAAUCGGUACUGAUGGUAAAAUUUCCCCCUACGCUGGCGCAGAGUCCAAGUGCAACUGCUUGGAACGUGGUUGCGACUGCUUUGAAGCUGAUCAUUACCUAGCUUCUACCUCUAAAUUCAACACUAUAUCCGCUGUAGCUGUUUCUCCAGACGGCAUAGUUCAUAUUGGUGAUCAAGCGAAUUACAGAAUCCGUUCAGUAAUGGCUAGUAUUCCUGACGCCAGCGGCGCUAGAGAAUACGAGAUCUACUCGCCGGAUACUCAAGAAAUCUAUGUGUUCAAUAGAUUUGGCCAGCAUGUGGCUACCAGGAACAUCUUCACCGGAGAGACUGUUUACCAGUUCGCGUACAAUGUAAAUACUAGUAAUGGCAAGCUUAGCACGGUUGCAGACGCAACUGGAAACAAAGUAUUCCUACUGAGAGACUACAGUGGUCAGGUAAACUCGAUCGAGAACACAAAGGGGCAAAAGUGUAGACUUAGAAUGUCCAGAAUGAAGAUGCUUCAUGAAUUCAGUUCACCAGAUAAUUACAAUGUCACAUUUGAUUAUCAUGGGCCGACUGGCCUGUUAAAAACUAAAUUAGAUAGCACUGGCAGAAGCUACGUGUACAAUUACGACGAAUUCGGUAGAUUAACUAGUGGAGUCACUCCAACAGGAAAGGUGAUCAGUCUGACUUUUGAUCUCAGCCUAAAGGGAGCAGUAGUUAAGGUUGGACAAAAUAAUAGGAAACCAAUUUCGAUGUUAAUCAAAGGAUCAUCAGUUGUUACAAAAGUAGGAGAGGCUGAACAGAGAACCACAGUUUUAGCUGAUGGUUCCGUUGGUCAGAUGACACCGUGGGCUCACACAAUUAGCACGGAUACUUUGCCAUACUCUGUGCUAGCUGAAAUCGAUCCUCUAUUAGGAGAAAGUUAUCCGGUACCAGCUAAGCAAAAAACAGAGAUUGCCGGAGACCUAGCGAACAGGUUCGAAUGGCGAUAUUUCCUCCGUAGACUUCAGAGCAGCAAAAACAGAGGAAAUUCCAAGUCUGUCGCGCAAGUUGGUAGAAAACUUCGUGUCAAUGGAGAUAUUCUUCUUUCUCUCGAGUAUGACAGGGAAACCAAUAGUGUCGCUGUUUUCAUGGAGGACGUGGAACUCUUGAAUGUUACCUACGACAGAACAGCAAGACCAAUUAAAUGGGGUCCAAGAAAUGGAAUUUUCGCAGACGUGGAAUUGGAAUAUGAUCGAUUCAGUAGACUCACCAGUUGGGCCUGGGGAGAUAUCAGCGAGACCUACGGCUUCGAUAGAGCUGGUCGAUUGUACGAAAUUAAGUACAGUGACGGUACGUCGAUGAUUUACGCGUUUAAGGAUAUGUUCAGCAGUCUUCCAUUGAAGGUGACAACACCAAGGGGAAGUGACUAUUUAUUGCAAUAUGACGAGGCUGGAGCGUUGCAAUCACUGACCACUCCACGAGGACACAUUCAUGCCUUCUCGUUGCAGACUUCCCUAGGAUUUUAUAAGUACCAGUAUUAUUCACCAAUGAACAGACAUCCGUAUGAAAUGUUGUAUAACGAUGAUGGACAGAUUUUGGCUAAGGUAUAUCCUCAUCAGAGUGGCAAGGUUGCAUACGUCUAUGAUCAUACUGGAAAAUUGGAAACAACACUUGCUGGACUAUCUUCGAUCCACUAUACGUAUCAAGAAACAACAAGCCUUGUCCACAGUAUAGACAUCAACGAACCGAACUUUGAAAUGCGGAUCGAGUACAAGUAUCACGCGGGUAUCGUCAAAGAUGAGAAGAUAAAGUUUGGCAGCAAGAGUGGCUUAGACAAUGCACGUUAUCGUUACCAGUACGAUGGUAACGCGCGAAUAUCUGGCAUCGAGGUGGACAUCAAUGGCAAACAACUUCCACAAUUAAGACUCAAGUACAACCAAAAUCUAGGAAUACUAGAAGGCGUUGGUGAUUUGAGAAUCUACCGAAACCUAUUUAAUAGAUCGGUUAUGCAGGACAGCAGUAAACAAUUCUAUACUGUGACGGACUAUGACAAGCAUGGUCGAGUGGAAACUGUAUUGAUGAACAUUCGAACGCUGGACGUGUUCCGUAUGGAACUUGAAUACGACAACCGAAACCGUAUCAAGAUGAGGAAAUUGAUGAUUGGAAAGGAUUCCAAGCUGGAGAGGAUAACGUAUAAUGCGGACGGCCAUGUACUCGAAGUUGCAGAUACUGAAAACAACUGGCAGUAUGCGUAUGAUGAAAAUGGUAAUGUGAUUGGUGUAACAGAGCAUAAUGAAAAAAUUGCACUGGGCUACGACAGUGGAGAUCGUGUCGUUCAAUAUGGCGACGUUGAGUUUAAUUCCUACGAUGGACGAGGCUUCGUUGUUAUUCGUGGAGAACACAAGUACAGGUACAAUUCACGCGGACAAUUGAUCCACGCGUCAGAACACAAAAAGUUUCAAAUAUGGUACUUUUACGACAACCGUGGACGGUUGGUGGCUUGGAAUGACGAUCGUGAGAACAUCACGCAGUUCUUCUACACCAAUCCGAAAACACCGGAUCUGAUCACGCACGUUCACUUCCCUAAAGCAGCAAAGACCUUUAGGUUCCUCUACGAUUCCCGCAAUUUCUUGAUGACAGUGGAGACGUCAGAGCAGAGAUUCUACGUUGCGACGGAUCAGAACGGUUCACCACUGGCGUUGUUCGACACGAAUGGAAAUCUGAUCAAAGAAAUGAGACGAACACCGUUCGGCAAAAUCAUCAAAGACACCAAUCCGGACUUCUACCUGCCCGUCGACUUCCACGGAAGUCUCCUAGACCCAAAUACCAAACUAGUCUAUUUAAACAAGAGACUCUACGACACCACGGUUGGCCAAUGGAUGACGCCAGCUUGGGAGCAAAUGGCAAAUGAACUAACCACUCCAACAGAUAUCUUCAUUUACCGUUUCCGUAAUAACGAUCCAAUUAAUUUCAAACAGAACGUUGAAUACAUGACUGAUCUGGGUAGUUGGUUGAAGCUCUACGGCUAUGACAUCUCCGCCAUGCUCGGUUCAGAGUACGUGAAGCGAAUGGUGUAUCAACCAAGCGCUACAAUCACGUCUCCACAGUUGACGCCAGACUUUGGAGUGAUGUCUGGUCUACAAUGCAUUGUAGACCGCGUACAUCAGAAAUUUUCAGAUCUAGGAUUUGUUCCCAAGCCAUUACUGAAACUAGAGCCCAAGACGAGAAAUCUUCUUCCUCGGGUGGCUCACCGCCGUGCUGUCUUCGGGGAAGGUAUUCUGGUAUCCAGAGUCGAUGGUCGAGCACUUGUCAGCGUAGUCGAUGGCGUCAACAGCGUCGUUCAAGAUGUUGUCACCUCGGUGUUUAAUAAUUCAUACUUCCUGCCCCUUCACUUCAGUGUACACGACCAAGAUGUGUUCUAUUUUGUAAAGGACAACGCUCUGAAGAUCCGUGAUGAUAUGGAGGAGCUGCGUCGACUGGGGGGUAUGUUCAAUGUGUCUACACACGAGACUACAGAACAUGGAUCUGGGACUUGGAAGGAACUAAGGCUGCAUAAUCCAGACGCUGCAGUUGUAAUUAAAUACGGAGCUGACCCAGAACAGGAAAGACACAGGAUAUUGAAACAUGCUCACAAGAGGGCAGUCGAGAGAGCUUGGGAAAUUGAAAAGCAGCUCGUAAUGUCUGGCUUCCAGGGUAGGGGAGACUGGUCAAAAGAAGAGAAGGAUGAAUUGAUUAAUCGGGGUACUGUCAAUGGCUAUGAGGGUGUGGAUAUACACAGUGUUCACAGAUAUCCACAAUUAGCUGACGAUCCUGGCAACGUAGCGUUCACCAGAGACACGAAAAGAAAACGACGAAAGAGCGGGAAUAGGCGUAACAGAAUUCAUAGGCACGACUCGUGAUUCGAGGAUGUGACGCGCGAUCGUAACGCUAUUUGGGACUUCGUUCACGCGCCCACGUGAAUUAACA